GCUGGCAGCGCUCAGUCGACCGAAGGAGCCGCACGCAUCACGUUGCAGGCCACCCUGACCGAAGCGCAGGGGCACGGGCGGACGGACGCACGCACGGACUGACGGAGGGAGCAGACCGAAGCCCAGCGGCCACUAGCUCCGCGCAGGUUCCCGCAAGGCUUGCACCCAAAGGCCGGCGGCGACCGUGCCCCACGGAAUCUCCUGAGCUCCUCCCGCCCCAGUUCCUGUGCCAGCGCCCAGGGGCCGCUGCCUCCAAAGUGAUUGUUGCCUCGUAGCCUCCGCUGGGUCCGGGAACAUGAAGCUGCUGCCGUCGGUGGUGCUGAAGCUCUUUCUAGCUGCAGUGCUCUCGGCGUUGGUGACCGGAGAGAGCCUGGAGCGGCUUCGGAGAGGGCUGGCGGGUGGAACCAGCAACCUGGGAUCUCCCACUGACUCUACGGACCAGCUGCUGCCCCCCGGAGGCGUCAGAGGCCGGGAAGUCCUGGACUUAGAAGGGGCCGACCUGGAUCUUUUCAGAGCGCUUCCCUUAGGUGCUGUAUCUGCUUUGUCUAAAUCAAGGGUCUGCUGCAAAGCUGAACCUGGACUCCCACUCUUCAUCCUCUCACAGUGGACCUUUCUGGUCACCCCUGAAUGCUCCUGGCCCUCACCUCCUAGGCUGGCUCCUUUCUCCUCCAAGCCACAAGCUCUGGCCACCCCCGGCAAGGACGAGCGUGGGAAAAGAAAGAAGAAAGGCAAAAAGGGGUUGGGAAAGAAGAGAGACCCGUGUCUUAGGAAAUACAAGGACUUCUGCAUCCAUGGAGAAUGCAAAUAUGUGAAGGAGCUCCGGGCUCCAUCCUGCAUUUGCCACCUGGGUUACCACGGAGAGAGGUGCCAUGGGCUGAGUCUCCCGGUGGAAAAUCGCUUGUCUACUUAUGACCACACAACCAUCCUGGCUGUGGUGGCUGUGGUGCUGUCGUCUGUCUGUCUGCUCGUCAUUGUGGGGCUUCUCAUGUUUAGGUACCAUAGGAGAGGAGGUUAUGAUGUGGAAAAUGAAGAGAAAGUGAAGUUGGGCAUGACUACUUCCCACUGAGAGAGACCUGUGCUCAAGGAACCAGCUGGGGACUGCUACCUCUGAGAAGACACAAGCUGAUCACAGACUCUGCAGAGGGGAAGGACUUCACCGCCAGCCAUGAAGACUCCCUCAUCCCCAGUUGCCGUCCAGAUUGGGCCUCCCAGUAUUGCUUUAUCAGAGCCUUCAAGUGCCAAACAGAAUAUGUCCAAUGGGAUCUGGGUCAGAAGGAAGCAAAAGUGAGGGACCUUCAUGCUCUUCUGAUUCCCCUUCACCAAACCCCACUUAACCCUAUAAAGUUUGUUUAAACACUUGUCUUCUGGAUUAAGAUGCCAGUUAAUUCCAUAUGCUCCAGGAUCUUUGACUGAAAGAAAAAAAAAAGGGGGGAAGAAGGAAAGAUUUGUGGACUGGAAGAAAGUAACAAAGAUUGAAAAGCCACGGACUCAAGUAGUCACCAAGGGAUCUGCCAUUUGGACCCUACAGCGCUGGAUUUGAUGAGCUAACUGUGAAAUACCACAAGCCUGAGAACUCUGAAUUUUGGGACUUCUACCCAAAUGGAAAAAUAACAACUAUUUUUUGUUUGUUUGUUUGUAAAAUGCCUCUUAAAUUAUAUAUUUAUUUUAUUCUAUGUAUGUUAAUUUAUUUAGUUUUUAACAAUCUAACAAUAAUAUUUCAAGUGCCUAGACUGUUAACGUUGGCAAUUUCCUGGCCUUCUACCCCGCAUCCCCCUACCACUUGGCUCAGCAUCACUAUCUUCUGCCACAAAUCUGAGGUGGCUCUAUGACCCAUCUGUCAUCCAUUGUCCACAUUUCCACAGAUCUUCCACGAUCAGAGUGCCACAGGGGGCGGUCUGUAUGGUCAGGAUGUAGGAGUUAACUUUGUCAGAUCCACUCUAUGAGUUGGACUGCAGUCUUGCCUAGGCGAUUUUGUCUACCGUUUGUGUUUUGAAAGCCCAAGGUGCUGAUGUCAAAGUGUAACAGAUAUCGGUGUUUCCCCGUGUUCUCUCCCUGCCAAAUCUCAGAAGAGGUUGGGCUUCCACGCUUGCAGCUUUCCUAACCCCCUACCCUCUAUAGCCUCAGGCCCACAGAGUGGGAUCUCACUCUCCCUUGUGUCAAGACAUUUCUCUUACUCCUGCCAUUCUUCUGGUGCUACUCCAAGAAGGGGUCAGUGCAGCAGGUGAUAAUCGAAAGAGGUAUUAGUGGGAAAAAAGGCUGAGGAGGAACAGGAAACAUUGGAGCUGACUGUUCUUGGUAAUUGAUAACCUACCAAUUGCUACAGAGAAGAUUGGAGGUGAGGAUGGCUUUUGUGUGAACCCACCCACCUCACCAAAACUAUAAACGUAUGCUUUCAUGGUCCCUUCUGGAAGUUUCUGGUGCCAUUUCUGAACUGUUACAACUAUAUUUCCAAAACUGGUUCAUAUUUGUACUUUGCAAUUCAAAUAAAGAUAACCCUUAUUCCAUA